CCUCCUCCCUCCCUCUGUAAGACAUCCCGGCCCGGCCCGGCCGCCGCGGCCACCUUCCCCGCCGGAGCUGCAGAUGUGGCGGAGCGGCCGGGAGCCGGGCGGCCGUGCCAGGGGAGCCUGCGCCCUGUGAGCCUCACGCCCCGGCCCCCGCCCGCCCCGGCCCCUCCCCCGCUCACUCCCUGCAGCCCCCAGACCGCCGGAGCCCGCAGUUGGGAGCCCGACCGCCCCCCGCCGCCGAGGUUCUUGCCUGAACACCAGCUUGGGAUCUCCCCACUAGCUGCUGCCACCUCCACCCCCAGCCCAUCACUAUGCACUCCUUGGACGAGCCGCUUGACCUGAAGCUGAGCAUCACCAAGCUCCGGGCGGCGAGAGAAAAGCGGGAGAGGACACUGAAUGUGGUCCAGCACCGAGCUCUACACCGGGAGCUUGGCUUGGUGGACAGUAGUCCCACCCAAUGCUCCCCAAGCUCCCCACCCUCAGGCUUCCUGCUGAACCCCAAGUUCCCUGAGAAGGUGGAGGGACGCUUUUCAGCAGCCCCUCUGGUAGACCUCAGCUUGUCACCGUCAUCAGGGCUAGACUCCCCCAAUGGCAGCAGCUCGCUGUCCCCUGAGCGCCAGAGCAACGGCGACCUGUCCACAGUCCACACCACUCCGGAUUUCCGGCCACUGCGCUAUCUGGACAACGUCCCCAGCUCCUUCCAGUUUUUCCUGCCUCUGGGUUCUGGAGGUGCCCUGCACCUGCCUGCUUCCUCUUUCCUCACCACUCCCAAGGACAAGUGCCUCUCACCAGAGCUACCCCUGCCAAAGCAGUUGGUUUGUCGCUGGGCCAAGUGUAACCAGCUCUUCGAGCUCCUGCAAGAUUUGGUGGAUCACGUCAAUGACUACCACGUCAAGCCGGAGAAGGAUGCAGGGUACUGUUGCCACUGGGAGGGCUGCGCCCGUCACGGCCGAGGUUUCAACGCCAGCAGGUACAAGAUGCUCAUCCACAUCCGCACACAUACCAACGAGAAGCCGCACCGCUGUCCUACCUGUAGCAAGAGCUUCUCCCGCCUAGAGAACCUGAAGAUCCACAACAGGUCACACACAGGUGAGAAGCCCUAUGUCUGUCCGUAUGAGGGCUGCAACAAGCGCUACUCCAACUCAAGUGACCGUUUCAAGCACACUCGAACCCACUACGUGGACAAGCCCUACUACUGCAAGAUGCCCGGCUGCCACAAGCGCUACACGGACCCCAGCUCACUGCGCAAGCACAUCAAGGCCCAUGGCCACUUUGUGUCCCAUGAGCAGCAGGAACUCCUGCAACUGCGCCCUCCCCCCAAACCACCACUGCCUGCCCCCGAUGGCAGCCCCUAUGUCAGUGGGGCCCAGAUCAUCAUCCCCAACCCGGCUGCCCUUUUUGGAGGCCCCAGCCUACCUGGCUUGCCACUGCCCCUGGCCCCUGGCCCCCUUGACCUCAGUGCCCUGGCCUGUGGCAAUGGUGGGGGCAGUGGGAGUGGGGCAGGCAUGAGCCCUGGGCUGCCAGGCCCUGUCCUGCCCCUCAAUCUGGCCAAGAACCCACUGCUACCCUCACCCUUUGGUGCUGGUGGACUGGGCCUGCCUGUAGUCUCCCUCCUGGCUGGCUCCAUGGGUAGCAAGGCUGAUGGGGAGAAGGGGUGUGGGGCAGUGCCGGCCAGGGCCUUGGGCUUGGAGGGCCGCAAGACCCCUCUGGAGAGGACUGAGAGUAGUCGUUCCCGGCCCAGCCCUGAAGGACUCUCCCUGCUGCCAGGUACUGUGCUGGACCUGUCCACAGGUGUCAGUUCGGUGGCCAGCAGCCCAGAGGCACUGGCUCCUGGCUGGGUGGUCAUCCCACCGGGCUCUGUGCUGCUCAAACCAGCCGUGGUGAACUGAACCUAACCCAGGGACAGCUACCCGAAGCUCCUGGGCCUGCCCCGACGAACAGAAACUCUUCUGCGAAAUAGCAAUAAUGUCCUCCUGCUCCCAAUGCCUGGUUGGCUGUGUUCCCCUGGCAGCCCCAGCCCCAGACAAGCUGGGCAGCAAGGAUGGUGCUAGGUCAUUGCUGGUGUCCUAGGCUCCCAGGGGAGGAACUGCCUGCAGGCUGGAGACACCUGAGCUCUUGCUGAGGCCUUGCUCACCUCUGGCCCUCAGUCUUCCUGCCCUGCCCUCUGCCCUGCCCUCUGCCCUGGUGCCUCUCUCACCUAGUGGCCAACCUGGGCAGGUCACCCUCCCUCCCUGCCUUGUCUACUUGUCAGCCACAUCCCAGCAAUGGGAGCAGGUGGGGUGGCAUCUGCCUCUUUGCUGGCUCAGUGCUCCUGCACUCCUUCAUGUGGUGAGCUAUGACAAGGAGCCUGGGAUUAAGGCCUACCCCACCUGCCUAGCCUCACCAGGCCCCUGCUCUGGGGGCUCCUUGGACCCCUUUCCCUCUGGCCCACCUUCCAGAGGGAGAGCAAGACAGAUGAAGAAAGGCCCCUGCAAAGCCACAGGAAGACCCACCAUAUCCUUAUGACAAGGUGCCUCCUACUCAGAGAGGGAGGCCUGCUCUGCCCACUGCCCCUCAGCACCCACCUACCCAUGUGACGCAGCCAGCACUGCCUAAGGGUCAGCCCCUUCUCUGGGUUGGACAAUGCUCUCCAAGGUGAGGGGAUAGCUGACCACUCAGCUGCCCCUUUCCCACUGGUCUCCCUCUACCUUUCGGGGAGCUAUGAAGUAUGGGAAAGGGAGGUGCCAGGACCUUGGGCCCACCUGGCUCAGGGAACAGGUGAGGUGGGCCUGGCCUGGGGCAGUGUCCCCCCACCCUGCACUAGGGGCUGUAGAAGCCAGCAGUCUGGUAGGAGGUGGGAAGCUGGCUGGGGACAACCCCAGGUUGGGACGAAACUCAUUCUAAGGCUGCCAAGUCACGGCCGAAACACAGGUGAGAGAGAGCUAUAGGCCAGUGCUCACCAGAGGCAAUGGGCUGAGGCCCUGGGCUUGGGUGAUGGUGAAGCAGUCAAGAACAGCCAUGGGAGGUCCAGCUUCUCCACCUGGGUGGGGGAAGUUGGUAGAAGGAGCCCAGACUUGUGACAUGCUGUUUCCUCUGGCUUUUUUCAGCAGAGCCCCUUGUCCUAGAGAGGCUUUUAUUUUUACUCCCAGGGUCCAGAAUAAGCCAAGGAGGCUGAUUGACUAUUUACCUAUUUACUGCCCAACCCUGUGGAGUGGUCUUUCCCACCAGGUCCUGGGGAUACAGUAUGUGCGCCCCACCUCCACCCCUGAGCCCUUGCUGUGCCCUGAGAGGUAGCCUGGUGCAGUCUGGGAGGCACUGGCCCAGCCAUCAGGAGCUGUGGCUCCUAGGCCUGCCCUGUCCUUGGCCUCAAUGAGCCAGCCUUCCCUUUCCCUGGCAGAACAACUGAGCUGCAGGACAGUAGAGUCCUUAGCAGCCCUGCAUUUCCAGAUUCCCCCUGCUGUUCCUCUGAACAGCUCUGUUGACCCCUGCCCUUUCCUGGACUGCCCUUCUAUCCCAGAGGGGUCACCCUGACAUAGCCUGCCCUAACAGGGCCCGGCAGUGCUGGCUCUGCCUCUUGAAGGGGCUGUGAGCGAAGCAGGAGGGAGCUGGUCUCCUUUCUUCGGGCCCUAUCCAGGACCCAGGCCUUUAAGUCCCCCACUGUGGGGAAAGGGGUUUGAGAUUCAAGCCCAAGGAGCAGAGGAACAGGGCACUGGAAGGUGACAUUAGCUCAGCAUGUGACUCAGUGAUAGACCAGGCUCAAGAGGGCUGGUGUACGUGUUGUUGUUGUUGGUUUCUUGUUGCACAUUCCAGGAUAUCAGUAUUUUAACAGGUUCUAAAGUGCCUUUCUAUCAUAGCAUAUGUUUUUCCUCCUUUUGGCUCCACUGCUGUUAGCAUAGAGUUAAAAAAAAAAAAAAGAGAUAAGCUAAUGACUAUAACAAUAUAUUCCUCCAUGUGAGAGGAAGUUUAUAAAGAAACAAUAAAAGUGAGUUGCAAAGAUGG